AUGGGUCGGCUAAAUCCAUGCAAGUUAAUAGUGCUUCUUUUACUAAUUGAUAAAAAUUAUUCUGCGAGUCGAGAAAAACGCGCAGGCGUCAAUUUAUUUACCAGCACUGGAAAGGAUGGCAAUGCUACACUCGGAGAUUACGUAGAUUUCAGUAGCGUGUGGGGACUAGAUUAUGGAAACCCGAAUCCAAAGAUACGAAAAUCCUACGAUUUUAUAAUAGUUGGUGCAGGACCCGCCGGAUGUGUUAUGGCAAACCGAUUAUCGGAAAAUCCCAGUGUAAAUGUGUUACUUUUGGAACUUGGCAAAGCGGAAAUACCCUUAACACAAGACAUUCCGACACUUUUUCUCUACCAACCAAGCACGGAUUAUAACUUUGGAUAUAUAACUGAGCCCCAAACAAAAGGUUGUUUAGGGAUGGAGAAUAGACAGUGUCCGUGGCAUAACGGUCGUGGUCUUGGAGGUUCAAGUAUUAUCAACAAUAUGAUUUACACCCGAGGCAACUUUAGAGACUUUGAUUCAUGGAAUGCAUCCGGAAAUCCGGGAUGGAGUUAUGAUGAUGUGCUGCCGUAUUUCAUAAAAGCCGAAGACGCAAAUCUGCGAGAUUUUCAAUUCAACGGGUAUCAUGGCAAAGGAGGAUAUUUGUCGGUAGAACACUCGCCAUAUCAGACUCUACUACUGUCGGCCCAUAUUGGAGGCGCUCAACGCAUAGGUUUGCCAUAUAUUGACUAUAAUACUAGAAAACAAAUUGGAGCCUCAUACACACAGUUCAAUACGCGACGUGGCAUACGAUGGACAGCUGCUCGAGGUCUUCUGUAUCCCAUUCGAAAAAGGAAAAAUUUACAUGUACUCACCAGAGCAUGGGCAACUGAAGUCAUGAUUGAUGCGAACACAAAAACUGCAUAUGGUGUUCGAUACACUAGGAAUAAGAAUACGUUUACAGUUAGAGCAAAGCGGGAAGUGAUCUUAUCUGCUGGUGCAUUCGAAAGUGCCAAACUGCUUAUGCUUUCCGGUAUUGGUCCUGAAAAACACUUACGUGAUCUUGGAAUUAGGGUCAUACAAAAUUUGCCAGUUGGUGAAACUUUAUACGAACACCCUGGUGCGAUUGGACCGGUUUUUACCGUCAGCAAGCCGAUCGAUGGCAAUAUCAACAUUGACGCAAUGAUCAAUUUACCGAAUGUGGUAAAAUAUCUAUUUGGUAAAGGCCCGUUCACGUCUGCACUUGCUGAAGGGUUGGCAUACAUAAAAACGCCCUUUUCUCCAUAUCCUACGGAACCGGAAUGGCCAGAUGUAGAGUUGAUCGAAGUAGCCAUUCAAACUGGAGACGAUCCUUCCCCCGGUGCCCAGAAUUUUUACCGGCUCGACAAACAGCUUUUAGAUUCGUACUUCAGACCACUGUACAAUGUACGUGCUUUUAUGUAUCUGCCUAUGCUGAUGCAUACACGCACUAAAGGAUCCUUGAAACUAAAAUCAUCGAAUCCAUACGAUCAUCCAAUUUUCAAUUAUCAAUAUUUUGAAGAUGAACGAGAUCUAGAGGCACUAGUUUACGGCAUCAAAGUAAUACUUAACAUUACCAGCCAAAAACCGUUCACCGACCUCGGUGUCAGACUGUACACUAAGAAGGUACCUGGCUGCGAACAGUUUGAGCUUGAUACAGACGAGUAUUGGCGGUGCUACGUUAGAAUAUUAACUUGUACUUAUCAUCAUUAUGUCGGUACUUGUAAAAUGGGACCCGCCACAGACCCUACCGCAGUUGUCGAUUCACGUCUACGGGUGCAUGGAAUGAAGCAACUUCGUGUAGUCGACAUUGGAAUAGUGCCAUCACCUCCGACAGCUCACACGGUUGCAAUCGCUUAUAUGAUUGGCGAUAAAGGAGCAGAUAUGGUUAAAAGUGACAAUGGACUGUGA